AUCCUUGACAGCUGCUUCUCAUCCUUCUGAGUGUGGAGGAGGAACCCCCAGCUCUCUCGAGGUACCCCUCUCGUGGAGGACGUCGGGAGAAAGAAUUCCCUUACAGAGCCACAACCGACCUUCUGAGCAAGAGCCUUGUGAGCCAGGGGAUGGAUCCAAACUCUGGCCUGCUUUCUCCUCUGUCCCGGGCCUGUUCCCACCUGGCAGAACCCUGUAUGGAAGGUGAAAGAAGCCCAGCCCCCCAAGAGCAAGGCGGAGACCCCCACUUUCCCUGGAGCCCUGUCCCCAGCUCUAGCUUUGCUGACCCUGACUGGUUUUGCGAUGAGAACAUCCAAGCAAAGAGGGCCAGAGUGGAGACCAUUGUCCAAGGCAUGUGCCUCUCUCUUAAUGCUCUGGUGCCAGGCAAUGCCCAAGCCAGGGACAGUCCGUAUUGCCCAGAGAAGGCCCAGGAGCGGAAGAGGAAGCAGAGCCUUCCCACGCAGCAAGGCCCUCUGAAGCCAGGCCCUGUCGGAGACCAUGGCAGCAGGAAAGGGGGCCCUCGGGUAAGAGAACAGCUCUAUCAGCUGAAGCAACAGCUAAGGCAUUUGCAAAAGCACAUCUUGCAGGCUGCUGAGCCCAGGGACGCAGCUCAGGACCCAGGAGGCUCUGAGAUGGACAAGGGCCCUCUAAGCGUAAAGCAGAGGAAGGGCUAUGGAUCUAGGCCCUGGGCUAUGGACAGUGAUCACCACCAUCAGGGUUCCCGUGGGGACUUCUCCCGGAAAGAAAAACACAGAGCGUCUGAAGUCGAAUACCAGUCUGAGGAGCCCAGGUUCCUUCCUUGUGGAGCACAGGAUUUGCUGGAGACUCUGAGGAAAGAAUUGACCGGGGCCGUGUCCCAAGCUGUGGACUCAGUAUUACAAAAGGUACUCUUGGAUCCACCGGGCCACCUGACCCAGCCGGGUAGAAGCCUCCGGGGGCUUAUGCCAGAGGGUAGCAGUGAGCCCUCGCCUCCUGAGAGAGGUAUCUGUAAAGAUCUGUUUCCUUUUGCCACCUUGCCCAGGAGGGCCCAGCCACAGACUGGGGUCCUGUUGCGAAACUUAUCAUUGGCCACCCCUCUAGAUCCUCCCAGGUACCCUGUCUCUUCAAGAAUGAUCCCCAGACCCUAUCAGGGUCGGCCAGCAAACUGUCCUCUGACUGUGCCUUCCCACAUCCAGGAAAAUCAGAUUCUUAGCCAGCUACUGAGUCAGGGACCCAGUGACCACUGGGAUAGCAGUCUUCCCCAAGAUUCAUCUUCCCAAAGUCACUCCUCCCCAGGGUCUGCCCUGCGACCUUGGGGGGCAGUCAAAUUGCGACCGUCGGUUCUGAGCCAACAGCAGCACCCCUUGCCCUUCACUUCCCCCGGUUUGGAAAGACUGCCCCUUCUUCCCUCGGUGAAGGUGGAACAGGGCGGCCUCCAGUGUGCCCCGGAUGUGCUUCCAUUUUCUUCAGUCCACAUCCAGGAGGGUCUAAAUCCUGGUCACUUGAAGAAGGCCAAACUCAUGUUCUUCUUCACACGCUACCCCAGCUCCAACUUGCUGAAGGCUUAUUUCCCUGAUGUCCAGUUCAACCGCUGCAUUACCUCCCAGAUGAUCAAGUGGUUCAGCAACUUUCGUGAGUUUUAUUACAUCCAAAUGGAAAAAUUUGCCCGGCAAGCGAUUUCAGAUGGUGUCACAAAUCCCAAAACGCUGGUGGUACUCCGAGACUCAGAACUUUUUCGAGCUCUCAAUAUGCACUAUAACAAAGGAAAUGACUUUGAGGUCCCGGAUUGCUUCUUGGAAAUCGCCAGCUUGACGUUACAGGAGUUCUUCAGGGCUGUCUCCGCAGGGAAAGACUCAGAUCCUUCCUGGAAGAAACCCAUUUAUAAAAUUAUUUCGAAACUGGACAGUGACAUCCCAGAGAUAUUCAAAUCUUCCAGCUACCCCCAGGAGCUGUUUCGGAAUUAAGAUCUCACAAAGUGAGGUGCAACUGAUCAGGUCUUCCUGGGUUUGUCUUAAAUGGCAGUCAGUACAGCUGUAGUCAUAUAAAAAGGGCAUAGGGAGAUUCCCCCCCCCCCCAACAUAGGCACUAGUACCAUUUCUGAUCAUUUAUUUCCCUUUUCAGAAUCAUCAGAGGUUUAAUCUCAACUAUAAAAUAUAUCAACCACAUGUAACGGCAUGUUGGUAGCAUACUGUAAAAGGAACACAACAGUUUGGAAGCAGAACUUAAAUCUCCACUUCACUGUUUCUGGGUGUUGUGACCCUGGGAACUUGCUGGGAUCACUGCGUCUGUAAAACCAGAUUGUGAGGAUUAAAAGAUAGUAAGUCCCGAA